CUGGAAGCAUCUACUCAGUGGGGACAGACUAAGAACCGCCCAGAAGCUGUCACAGAGGAGGGAUGGAUUUUGGGGAUUCCUGAAGAAUCACAGGCACUUCCUGAUCUGCAAGCGUAUUUUAUUCAAAGACAUAAGUUGAAGUCUCUUCGAUUCAGAAUUAAUUUGUUUGCAUCUUAUGGCCUGUUGGAAGAGAAAGAUGGAAGAAGAUCCACGAGUAGGAUGAAUGUUGGAGAGGGAAAUCAAUAUCGAUCUAUAAAUCACCGUGUGGACUCCAAAUCCCUGUGGCUUUAUCGAUGGUAUUAUUCCAGGACUUGCCAGUGGAUUUUGAGCUUAACCAUUACUGUAAUCUUGGCUUUGGCUUUCAUUGAAGAGCCUUCCUCGCUUACUGUUACAUCGGAUGUGCGAUACCGCCUUCCUGCCUGGAAUCCUCCCUGUGGCCUCACAGAGAGCAUUGAGCUGCUCUGCUUCCUUGUGUUUGUGGUUGAUGUAUCUGUGAAGAGUUACUUAAUUGGAUGGAAAGAAUUCUGGAAAAAUAAAUGGCUAAUGGCUUAUAUACUGACGUUGAUUGUUUCCCUUGCUGAUUGGAUUGUGUCACUGAGUUUUAUCUGCAAAGAGAGUGUGAGAAUAAGAAGACUCCUUCGCCCCUUCUUUCUUCUCCAGAAUUCUUCUAUGAUGAAGAAAACGUUAAAAAGUAUCAACAGCACAUUGCCUGAAAUGGCGAGUGUUGUUCUGCUACUGGCUGUUCAUCUGUCUCUCUUCACCAUGUUUGCCAUGCUGCUCUUUGCUCGAACAAAGGAUAACCAGCAGGAUAAGGAAUGGGCGGUGUAUUUCCGGAAUUUGCCAGAUUCCCUGACAUCACUGCUGGUCCUGCUGACUACUGCAAAUAACCCUGAUGUAAUGAUACCUGCAUAUUCUAAGAAUCGAGCAUAUUCAAUCUUCUUCAUCCUCUUCACUGUAUUGGGCAACUUGUUUUUGAUGAAUUUGCUUACAGCAAUAAUAUACAACCAGUUUCGAGGGUACCUUCUGAAAUCAGUUCAGUCCUCCCUCUUCAGGAGGCGGCUGGGAAUCCGGGCUGCGUUUGAGGUGCUGUCUUCCCUGAAAGAGACUCCUGCACAACAGUCCUGUGUCAGUGUUGGGGCCUUACUACAGGUGCUACAGAAAGUUGAGAUGGAUUCUCGCUGCAAGCAAGCCAUCAUGAGAUCACUCAAAAUGUGCUCCUGUGACCAGCUGUCAGCUGCCCAGUUCCAGAAGCUCUUUGAAGAACUAGACAAAGAUGCCAUUAAGCAACACCCUCCCAGUCCAGAGUAUCAAUCCCAUUUUAUGCAGAAAAUGCAGUUUGCCUUUGGCCAUGCCUACUUUGGCUACCUGGGGAAUGUAGUAGCCCUGGCAAACAUUAUUUCUAUUUGUGUGGUUUUGGUGAUGGAUGCAGAUAAGCAGCCAUCGGAAAGAGAUGACUUCUUCCUGGGGGCUAUCAACUGCUUCUUCAUCCUAUACUAUCUGCUGGAAAUGUUGCUGAAAAUCUUAGCAAUGGGCUUGAAAAGAUACUUGUCUUAUCCAAGCAAUAGAUUUGAUGGACUUCUGACUGUAAUUUUGCUGAUUCUGGAGAUUGCAACUUUUGCUGUAUAUGGAUUUCCUCACCCGGGCUGGAGACCUGAAUUCAUGGGCUUGUUAUCCCUGUGGGAUAUGGUGAGGCUGGUGAACAUGUUAAUUGUGUUCAGGUUCCUGCGGAUUAUCCCGAACAUGAAGUUCAUGGCUUUGGUUGUUACUACACUGCUGGAUCUGGUGAAAAACUUAAGAGCCUUUGCAGGAAUCCUUGUGGUGGUUUUCUAUGCAUUUGCUAUAACUGGCAUAAUGCUCUUUAAAGGUGCUGUUGUUCCCUUGGGAAAUACUAGUGCUGCCAACACAACACAUGACAAUGGCACUCUGCAGUGUGGGACCUAUGAACAGCUGGAAUAUUGGCCCAACAACUUUGAUGACUUUGCUGCAGCAGUGGUGACCCUCUGGAAUGUGAUGGUGGUGAACAACUGGCAAGUUUUUUUGGAUGCAUUUUCAAGAUAUUCAAGUCCGUGGGCAAAGAUCUAUUUUGUAGCCUGGUGGUUGAUUUCCUCUGUCAUCUGGGUUAAUCUCUUCGUAGCUUUACUCCUGGAGAACUUUAUUCACAAGUGGGACCGUCACUGCCAGCGAGAGUCUCUUUUAGAUAUUGAAUACCAGAGGACAGUUGAACUCAUGUUCAGAGAUGUUUUGGAAGAACCUACAGAGGAGGAGUUGAUGGAAAAACUGCACCAACACCCACACCUGCAAUUGUGUAGGUGACUGGUGGGAAGGACUGAUUUAUUUAGACCUCUGUUUUCUUGAGGUUGUUAGCUGCAAGAAACUGAAUGGAUUUUCUGUGAGAUGCUGUUAGGAGAGGAGCUUAUAGGACAUGAUGUGAGGUUUUGCUUGGGAAUUCUCUGCAGAAAGGUUUUUUAUUUUGGGUUCAUAUCUUUUUUUGAAAAAGAUUUGAAUCUUGCUAACUUGGUUUUAAGUUGCAAUUUUAGAAGGAGUAUUGCAGCUGUUAUUUUUAUAGGUUGUUGAUAUCAGAUGGUUUUAUUUACUUUUUUUUUUAAUAGGGAAAGUCUGUUUAAAAUGACAGUGCACUUUAAAACAUGAACUUUAUAACCACUAAGCCUGCUACUUUUUUCAGCACAAGAAAAUGGAGCUGCCUUUUCUGGCAGGCGAGUGUGGCAAGGGCUAUGCUGUGCAAUUCAUGAAUGGAUUAGGCAGGACCAGAGCAAAAUCCUUAAUAUUCUCGUAGUGAGAGCUGAAACACUAUUUUUAUUGUAAUGUGACACCAGCAUAUCUUACCAAAUUUUUGGGAGUUAAUCACGUCGGAACACAAUCAAUUCCAGCUUAGUAACAGGGACUGCCUGCUUUGCACAUCCUGUUUUUCUUUGCUUUCCAUGGGGGAGGGUUCAUGCUGGUUAUGCCAUUCUGGUCACUGAGAGCAGUUAGAACUUGGACUGGAGCAAUUGCACUCGUGGUUUUCAAUGUGGUAAAACUGAUUUCUCUUUCAGUAGAGUCAAUAUUCUGAUGUUGCUCUUUACUGAACCUCUUCCUUUUACUUUCUUCCAAGUCCUCUUCCUGGUGUUGUAUUCCAUGAAAAAGCUAAGGGGAGUGAACUUUGGCUGGAAUGUUGUCCCAUGAUCACUGGAGUCACUUACUUAAAGGGGGAAGGGGAAAAAAAAAUGUAGAAUGGGACAAUCAAAGUUCUUAACACUUAAAAUUUUAAUUUGAGCCUGUGGGAAUUGAAGGUGCUAGACUAGUAUUGCAGGAUCACAUUCUUUUAUGGCUUAAUGACCACAUGUUGUGCUCCACUAACUUUUACCUGGGUAAAACUUUUUAGGUAAAUAAGUUUCUCAACAAGUCCAAAGUGGAGGAUUCACAGUAAGCUGUGUCCACAUGCUUUUUGUUAUCUUUUAGAGUUCCUCUAGAAAGGUGUUUUUGCUUAAAUCUUUGUCACAUAACUGGUAAACUGCUAUGACAAAUAGAAUCUACCACAACUACUGUUUUCAUAUGUAAAAAUGAAACUGCCCUUUGGGGCACUGCCUUCUCAUUGAGACACUUGUCACCAAAAUAGACAUUACUGUGGUCAUCUCUGUAUUGACAAAAGCUUGGGGGAGAUAAUUGCCUAAUAUUUAUAAGUCCCUUGAUUCUUUUUUUAGUUAAAAAAUGUUUUUCAAAAGUGCCAAGCAGUCAUCAUCUGUACCUUUCCUUGUCUUUUUUCAUCAUUUGCCAUUUCUCUCUGUCCUACAUGAAGGACAGCAAAAUAUCCAGGAUGAUGGUGCAUUUGAGGUCAAAACCAUAUUUUUGCCUUGUCUCACUGUUCAGAAGUUACUUAAUUUUUCUUAACUGUUUCUUUACCUUUUUGCUUGUAUUUUUUUUGUGCUGUGGAGAAAAAUGUGUUGUGGCUUUCAUAUGUGUAGAACAAACAUGAGCUGAGUUCUGAGCUACUCCUGCAGUCUUUCUUUACUGCUGUAAUCCUGCCUCUUAUGCCAUGCCCUUGUCUGUGCAGUCUCUUGUCUCUUAAGCCACCCAGUAACUCACUUGCACUGGUUUCAGUGGCAUCAUCAUGCCUAUUUUCAGUCAUGCACUUAAAACACUCAUCAUGGCAAGCUGAUAAAGGCAUCAGCACAUGGUUUUUCUAGUUUUGAGUUUGUUCUGUUCAUAUGGCUCCAUAUCAGGAUGGUUUCUGUUCCUUCUAGCGUGAUGUAUAGUCACUGCCACCAAUAUACUGGGACUUAUUACACAGUGGUUAAACACUCUUGUUUUACCUUUUUACUGAAAAAAAAAUUUUUUUUUUGUUUUCCAUUUUAAUGAAUACUUGAAGUAGCUUUGCCUUGCCAAAAAGGAAGUGUCUGGUUCUUAGCAGACUAUAAGUUUGAUUAAUUUUUUUUUGGCUUCUUAAUGUUCUUCGGGGUUGUGUGGUUGAUUUUUUUUUUUUUUUGCCAUUACAUUACACUACAAUCUAUGAAAGCAACACAAAUUGGUGUGGGAUUACCAUAAACAUCACAACUGUCUCCAUUAUGCCAUGUUUACAUCUGGACUAAUGUGGAGAAGGCAUUCUGAAGGGAAUAGUCUGUCUUGUUCUUGUUUCAUACUUGUGUAAUUGACUGAAAGUGUAACUAGAAUUCAAUACAAAAUUGUGCUACCUAAUGUCACUUGAACUGGAAGAUGUAAAUAACCACAAAUCUUAUGCAAAAAUUGUAUAAAUCAUGGAAAUGAAUGUUUGUCAUUAGGUAAAAUUUGAGGUUUGCAUUGUUAUAAAAAGUCUUUUCUUCUUGAUCCAUGAAAAUAAUUGGGGUGUUGAAAUGA